AUCCUGAGUCACCUCUCCAUACAAUAGAGCUGGAAGGGGUUGCUGUCAGGGGUCCAGGAACUCCUCUGCCUAGAAAGGAAGGCUAGCAGUGACCAACUGGGAGGGGGACAAGAGCAUGUGGCUGGAUUGGAAGUGGCCACGAAGGUCACAUCUUGCCUGGUGUCCUCACCUCCUGACACAGGGGUCUGAGUAUCACCUGUGAUCCCUGCCAGCGUCCACGAGACAGGCAAGAGAAAGAGUGCUUUGUGAAGGCCCUGCAGCAGAAGACAGACACAGAAGUGGAACUUCACGAAGAAGCUUGAUCCCAGGGCCACUGGAGUCUGAGGACCAGUGGAUGGAGAGCCAUGAUAAUCCAGGACAGCUCUGUAUGAACUUCUCAUAUCCAGGAAAUGGAGCAAGAGGAAAGCCAAGCAGAAGGCAUCCAUUUCCAGCACCCUCAACACCUUUUCACAGGACUGGAUACCUCAGGUCUUCAGUCCUGUACCAGGUGAGCUGGACCUAAGAACAGCCUAGUUGACCUUCCUACUGGCAUGGCAUGAUUCUGCAACAAUCCUUUUCUUGAUAAAAAAGAGCCUGUAUGGAGUAGACCCCUUGUUGGUGCAUCCGGAAUCCUUUAGGCCAGGAAACAACCAAGCCACAGAUAGUGAAAAACCAAAGGAAAAAUCACAUUGCCAAAAUAUGGGCUCCAUAUUGGAAGAAAAGGCCCUCAACUUCUAAGGCUAUUUCACAGGGAGAAUGGCAAUCAAGGAGAGACAAGACCAAGGCAGAAGGAAUCUGCCAUCCCUUCUUGUAAAAACAGAAGAAUGAAAUCAUUCUGGGGAAGGCACAUGUCUGUUGGGAAAACAUCAUCCCAAAAUUGCAACAUCACUAAUCAUAUGAAGAAUAUGAAUAAACUAGAUGAUAUGAAAUUUUAUAUCAGGAAGAUAAAUGCUGAGAGGUUAGAACUUUUUCGAAUCUUGGACAUUGACAUGAAUACUGAUUUGAACUACAGGAUGAACACUGAAUUCACCAUCAUUAAAUCACAACAUGAGAAGACAAUGUUGGAUAUGGAAAAAAUGACGCAGUCAAUAAGUGAUACCAUUGAGAAGUACAAGGAAUUCAUAGAAGAUAAGGAUUCCUACAGGUGUGAAAUACUCCAGCAGAAACUGGAACAUGGAACAGACCAGCACAAGGUCUCCUUUGAAAAUAAAUUCUAUAGGAGGAUCUCUGCGUGUGCAAAGCAAAUAUUUCAUCUCAUCCCCAGUAAUCAUGGCUAUCAUCUGCUGCAUUUUCUUCCUUUACUUUUGUUUCCUUGCAAUGAAUAGCCCUUAAUUUCAUCUGGGCUCUGGCUCAGCAAGAGUGAGCAUGUAGAGGGAUUCAGACAUGUACUGAGACACACCAAGAGCCGCUGGGAAAACAGGAAGAUUCUGAGAGUGUAAAUUUUUCUUGUCCUGAUAGGUCAUCAAGGAAAAUUAGAAAAUCAUUCUACAAAAUCACAAAGACUUUGAGCUAAAUUCUGUAACAUGUUUUCUGCUUAGUCUUGGGUGUCCAUAUUCUUCAAAACCAUACUCCAAAAAAGGAGACCUACUUACAUUCCUCUUGUAAAGAUUGUUACCAGAAGUAACUUAUUUUCUACUGUGUUGCCAAGGACAGCCAUGGGCUGUAAGUCUGUGCUGCUAAAUGACAGCCAAAGAAGGCUCUUUAGCACAAUUCUUGUUUUUAGAUUUUGGUUUGAGCUUUGAUUACUUUUGUUCUUUGGUUUUCUUUAGUUUCAUUAGAAGUUUUUUUCUUUGUUUGUUUCUUUGGUGUUGUUUGGUUUUGUAAUUGAUUUAAUAUUUUGAUAAGACUAUACACUGUACAUAUUGACUGCCCACUUUUAGUUACUAUUGAGUAAAUUGGAUGUAUUCUUGUGAAUAAAACGGUGAUCUCUAACUCUU